AUAUAUAUUUUUUCCUCUCUCUCUCUUACAUAACAUAGACACACACACAUGAUAAAAAGUCUGAGAGACAGCUCUUCUUCUCUUCUUGUUCUCAGUUGAGAGAAACAAAACCUUCCAACACAUUCAGAGAGUUACUUAGUUUUUGUCUGAGAGAGAAGAAGAAACCAUGUCCCAACAUCUUCUUCUUCGUCUCAUUACUCUCUCGCUGCUUCUCAUUAAUCCCAUUUCCGCCACAACAAUUAUCCAAAAAUUUAAAGAAGCCCCACAGUUUUACAACUCUGCUGAUUGCCCCUCAAUCGAUGAUGACUCCGACUCCGACGACGCCACCAAACCAAUUUUCUGCUCCCGUAGAGCCGUCCACGUGGCGAUGACACUCGACGCCGCCUACAUUCGCGGCUCAGUCGCCGCCGUGCUCUCCGUCCUCCAACACUCCUCUUGCCCUGAAAACAUAGUUUUCCACUUCGUAGCCUCCGCUUCUGCCGACGCGUCUUCCUUACGCGCCACCAUCUCCUCCUCAUUCCCUUACCUCGAUUUCAAAGUCUACGUCUUCAACGUCUCUUCCGUCUCCCGCCUCAUCUCCACCUCAAUCCGCUCCGCACUAGACUGUCCUCUAAACUACGCUAGAAGCUACCUCGCCGAUCUCCUCCCUCCCUGCGUCCGCCGCGUCGUCUACCUUGACUCCGAUCUGAUCCUCGUCGACGACAUCGCUAAACUCGCCGCCACAGAUCUCGGCCGAGACUCAGUCCUCGCCGCGCCGGAGUACUGCAACGCCAAUUUCACUUCCUACUUCACAUCGAGCUUCUGGUCAAAUCCGACUCUCUCAUUAACCUUCGCCGAUCGUAAAGCCUGCUACUUCAACACCGGAGUCAUGGUGAUCGAUCUAUCGCUGUGGCGCGAAGGCGCGUACACGUCACGCAUCGAAGAGUGGAUGGCGAUGCAGAAACGAAUGAGAAUUUACGAGCUCGGUUCGUUACCACCGUUUUUAUUGGUAUUUGGCGGUUUGAUUAAACCGGUUAAUCAUCGGUGGAACCAGCACGGUUUAGGAGGUGAUAAUUUUAGGGGACUAUGCAGAGAUCUGCAUCCUGGUCCGGUGAGUUUGUUGCAUUGGAGUGGUAAAGGUAAGCCAUGGGCUAGGCUAGACGCUGGCCGGCCUUGUCCGUUAGACGCGCUUUGGGCUCCGUACGAUCUUCUUCAAACGCCGUUCGCGCUGGACUCUUGACCAGUCUCGGUUUACUUUUUUUUUUUAUAUAUAUACCCGUACAUAUACGUAUAACAUAUCAUAUAAAUAUAUACAGGGAGGUGAUUUUUUGUUUUUAAUGUACAUCAUCGAUACGUAAAUCAUAUAACCCAAAAGAAAAAGAAAAAAAAAACAUUUUGCUUUUAGCUUUUUGUUCUUUUUUUUUUUUUUUUCAAUCGGUUUUGUUUGGGAGUAUAGAAGAGAAUAAAAUUAAAAAGUAAACUCAAGUGACAAAAGGAAUGAAAAAGGGCAUUAAUUUUUAACUUCUUCUUAAAAAUGUCAUUUUUAUCAAUUUUUCUUUUCAACAAGUGUCAAUUUGGUCAAUUUA